GUUGCUGAAAAUCCAAAACCUCACAUUGUGUAUAUGGGUUCACUUCCUAAGAGAGGAUAUUCUCCAACCUCUCAUCAUCUUAGCAUGCUGCAACAAGUUGUUGGUGAAAACAAAUCAACAAAUUCCCUACUAAUUCAUAGUUACAAAAGAAGUUUCAAUGGUUUUGCUGCCAUGCUCACUGAUCAACAAAGGGAAAAACUAAGUCAGAUGGAAGGUGUAAUCUCAGUUUUCCCAAGCAGAACUCUUCAAACUCAUACAACAAGAUCUUGGGACUUCAUGGGAUUUCCUCAGUCAGUCCAAAGAAGGCAAACCAUUGAGAGUGAUACUGUAAUUGGAUUCAUUGACAGUGGCAUUUGGCCAGAAUCAGACAGUUUCAAUGAUCAAGGUUUUGGCUCCAUUCCAAAAAAGUGGAAGGGUACUUGUGCUGGUGGCAAGAACUUCACUUGCAACAAGAAGAUCAUUGGAGCAAGGUUUUAUGCAGAAGAUUCAGCAAGAGAUAAUGAUGGCCAUGGAACCCAUACAGCAUCAACAGCAGCUGGAAACAAUGUUUAUAAUGCAAGCUUUCAUGGACUUGCAGAAGGUACUGCAAGAGGGGGAGUUCCAUUAGCAAGAGUUGCUGUGUAUCAAGUAUGUACUGCUAUUGGUUGCAGUGAAGAUAAUAUCUUGGCUGCUUUUGAUGAUGCAAUAGCGGAUGGAGUUGAUAUUAUUUCCAUUUCCUUGGGAGGUGAUGAUCAAUUGAACUUCGAUGAAGAUACUAUUGCAAUUGGAUCUUUUCAUGCUAUGGGAAAAGGGAUACUUACAGUGAAUUCUGCAGGCAAUGAUGGUCCUGAUCCAAGCACAGUUGUAAGUGUAGCACCAUGGAUACUAACUGUUGCAGCAAGUACAAUAGAUCGUCAAUUCAUUGACAAGGUAGUUCUUGGGAAUGGGAAAACACUAACUGGGAAAUCAAUAAACUCUUUCACAUCAAAUGGUACAAAAUUUCCCAUUGUAACAAAACACAGUACUGCUCAUGUGAAAGGAAAGAUAGUUUUAUGUGAUGAUGGUUCUAGUGAUCUAGAUGCAUAUGAGAAUGGUGCUAUUGGUUCCAUACUAGAGACAAAGAGUAAGGGUUAUACAGCUGAGAUUACUCCAUUUCCUUCAUUGACAUUGUAUUCAGAUGAGUACAAUCUUGUGAAAUCCUAUACAAAUUCAACAAAAGAUUCAAAAGCUGCAAUACUCAAGAGUGAAGUAAUUGCAGAUCCUAUUGCACCUGAUGUAGCUGAGUUUUCCUCACGUGGUCCAAAUAACAUAGUUCCUGAAAUUUUGAAACCAGAUAUUAGUGCCCCUGGAGUAGAUAUAUUGGCUGCAUUUUCACCAAUUGGUUCACCCUCUGACCUUCCUGGUGAUAAAAGGUCUGUCAAAUAUAACAUACUAUCUGGAACAUCUAUGUCAUGUCCUCAUGUUGCCGGAAUAGCUACAUAUUUGAAAUCUUUUCACUUGGAUUGGUCACCGGCGGCCAUCAAAUCUGCAAUUAUGACUUCAGCACAACCA